CACACAUACAUUCAGUACACACAGCAAGGCAAGCUAAAGUGCUGCACAAUUCCACUAACCUCUCCGCCCCCUACCAUCCAUGGCUCUGAUAAAAGAGAAAAUGACAACUCCAGUGAAGGUUGAAUUUGCGGUGCAGAUGACAUGUCAGAAAUGUGUUGAUAGCAUCAAGAAUACACUUGAAGGAGUUAAUGGUGUGUCGUCACUCGACAUUAACCUGGCCCAAGAGCAAGUAAUUGUCGAGAGCAUCUUACCGUCGUCUCAGCUGUUGGAGUUACUUGAGUCCACUGGGAGGAGGGCCCUCAUUAAAGGGCAAGGGGUGUCUACUGAUAAACAUCUUGGUACAGCGGUGUCAAUUUUAGACACUCCCCACGAUGGUCCAAUCAGAGGAGUUAUCCGAAUGCUUCAAUUGGCCAAUAACAGUUGCAUCAUCGAGGGAACGGUUGAUGGUCUUACACCAGGUGCACACGCAUUGAAUAUUCAUGAGUAUGGUGACCUCUCUGAUGGAUGUAACAGUUGUGGGAUGCAUUUUAAUCCGACCAACUCAAGACAUGGAGGUCCUUCUGAUGAUGAAAGGCAUCAUGGAGACCUUGGUAACGUAGUGGCUGAUGAUAACGGACGUGCUGUAUUCCGUAUGGAGAAUGACAGGGUGCAGGUAUGGGAUGUGAUUGGUCGGUGUAUGGUGAUGCACAGUAGAGGAGAUGAUUUAGGCCAAGGUGAAACACCAAACUCAAAACAAGAUGGCAACAGUGGUCCAGGGGUUGCCUGUGGAAUCAUAGCUAGGUCAGCAGGUCUCUUUGAGAAUGUCAAAAAGAUCUGUCAAUGUGACGGCGUGUCUCUCUGGGAUGAAAGGGAUGUACCUCUGGCUGGACCUAGCCGGCAACAACACCAGCAGAAACAGAGUCAUUUAUAACUAGAAUUAAGCCCUUUUCACACGACGAAAAAAAAACCCAUUCCUGACGAAAUUUUCGCAUUGUUUGUAAUAUAUUACAAAAUUAGCUUCAUGUGAGAGGACAGCAACUGUUUACAUGUUCUACAUUCCUUGCAAAAUUUCAAAACAGUGUGACAUUUUGUAGCAAGUAUUGACCUACGACAAUAAUUUAGGCUCGCAGAAUUUUUUCAUAACUGAAAAGAUCAGUUGUUUAUGUCGGGCGUUCCUUGCAAAAUUGGUCCUUUUGGUUCCAAUCACUGAGCAGUUUUGUCCCAUCCUAUUUGUUAUAUUGGGUGCGUUGUUUAGCUUCCCUGGGUCAUCCCCGGUCUGCUGCCCCUGGGCGUUCAAAUAGCUUUUGAUGUCAUUCCAG